UUACAUAAACCUGUCAUGGCUGCCGUCUGCAGUAGAGGAUUCGGUAGGAUCAGCUCGUCGUUUCUACGAGCUUCGGUCGUCCAUCGCGCGGACUCCGUCUCUUAUCUGCUCGGCUUUCGGAGGGCGUACUGCUCCCGUGGGACAGGGUUGCGGUCCAGGCUGUUGUCGGUUCGUCCAGGAGGAGGCCGGCUUUUCGGCUGCGCCCUUCUGCUUGGCGGAGGUCUGGGCUGGUACCAGACGAUGAAGGUGUCCGUCCAGCAGCUCAUGGCUGAGGAGGACAAAAAGGAUUCAGAAGGUGCUCUGAAGCUGAUUUUGUACCAGUACAAGACCUGCCCUUUUUGCAGCAAAGUGCGAGCUUUUUUGGACUAUCAUGGUGCGCCGUAUGAGAUUGUGGAGGUCAACCCUGUAAUGAGGCAGGAGAUCAAGUGGUCCACCUACAGGAAAGUCCCCAUCCUGAUGGUGAAUGGAGAGCUGCAGCUAAAUGACUCGUCUGUUAUCAUCAGUUCCCUCAAGACCUUGUUCAUUAGCAAGGAUAAAACCCUAACCGAGAUCAUCCGCUGCUACCCAGAAAUGAAAUCUGUAAAUGACAGAGGGAAGGAGGUGACAGAGUACAACAACAAGUACUGGUUGAUGCUGAGUGAGGCUGAGACUGCUGCCGUUUACCCCCACAAAGGAAUGCAGAAAGAAGAGAUGAAGUGGCGUCAGUGGGCUGACGAUUGGUUAGUGCAUCUAAUAUCGCCUAACGUGUACAGAACUACUGGCGAGGCCCUGGCCUCCUUCGACUACAUUGUUCGUGAAGGCAAGUUUGGGACAGUGGAGGGUUUUUUUGCCAAAUAUGUGGGAGCUGCAGCCAUGUACAUAAUCUCCAAGAGGCUGAAAACUCGGCACAACUUGCAGGAAGAUGUCAGGCAGGAUUUGUAUAAAGCUGUCAAUGAGUGGGUGGCUGCCAUUGGCAGGGACAGAAAGUUCAUGGGCGGGAAUCAACCCAACCUGGCUGACCUGGCCGUGUUUGGGGUCUUGAGGGUAAUGGAGGGCCUGCAGGCGUUCCAGGACAUGAUGGACAACACCAAAGUCAAGCACUGGUACAGGCGCAUGGAGAGAGCAGCUCUCAACCAUGAGGGCCAUCCUUUGUACGCUUCCAAACCAAGAACCUCCAGAGAGGAGUGAAUCGGGCAGCUGCUCUGAUCAAAGACAGCCGGUGACAAACUUCUGCUGCCUGUGACACACCGAAGUUCUAUGCAGACAAAUCCAAGACCACUGUCAGGAAUUUACUUCUAGCAGAGCUGCAUCCUGUGUGUGCUGUUAAGAUCGGUUUGGUCUAAAUUCAAAUUAAAGAUGGCCUAAUACAAAAUUGAAAAAUAUUGCCCUUUGUUGCAGUGGAUCUUUAAAGAAAGGAAAAUGUUUUGGCACUCAUUCUGUUUAGCCCCUGAUGUAGAUUAUAAGAAGUAAUCAGUGUUCCUUUACACCACAUCUUUUUCUUCUUCAUCUGGACAUUUGACAUUUAAUUUAAGAACAGAUCGUGCUGUAUUCAUCUCAUAGGGUUGUCUGAGUCAGACAGUAGGUCUGCAGAUGAGAGAUCCCUGUGAUUGGGAUUCAUCCAAAUUGAGAACUGCCAAAUGUAAACAUCUGUGUAUAAAGUCGAUCAUCUGGAGAUUAACCGUAAUAUAACUCUUUAAAAAAAAUGAUAAAGAAAUGCAAUAAAAUAUGGGUGGUCACUUUAUGUAGCCUGCCUAAAAUAGUUUUACAUGUGUGUAAGAUGAAAAAAAAUAAAUAAAUCACCAGGAAGCUG